GAGAGCUAGCGUUCACUCGUUGCUAACAACACAUUCGGUUACUCUGUGCUGUAAUUAGCGGCUUUACCUAUUCGAGGAUGAUAUCGUGUUCAAGGUGUGCUGUUAUCGGCUGCCACAGUAAUUCAAGAAAACUGAAAAACGCGUUAGAAAUAUUUUGCUUAGAGCAUCAACAACUUCGAAAGGUCUGGCCGUGCCCAGCGCCAUACACACUGCACGCUAUGCCUCGGAAGGAGGAUCGGAAACUAGCGUGGCUGGAAGCUUUAAGACUCAAACACCCUCCGAAGAGAAUUGAGAACACAUCCGGAAAUUUUUCGCGUUCUCGUAACAGUACUUAGUUUCCGACUGAUGACGUAUCACGAGUACACGUGAACGCAAGUACGUACGAGACAGCCCCCAUGGUUGCUCCCUUCAUUUUAUAGGGCUUUGAGCGUGACGUCGCGGGAGGGGGCGUAGACGAGAGUUUUGGUUGAGGCGCCAUUUGUGUAGGCCAAACAACGUGCUAACAAUUAAGAGAAGCUAAAGCACACGAAUAACAUCAGCUAUGGUUCGUACUUGCUGCGUGGUCUUCUGUAAUGUUCGAUCGCAUGACCGACAAGGGAAUAAGCUUGAAAAUGGGCUUUCUUUUCAUUCUUUCCCCGCCUGGAAGCAACAUGAGGGAGCUCAUGUAUCGGAUGUUACCAAAAGAAGGCGUCAAGCCUGGAUAGCAGCUGUGGGACGAGCUGAUAUCCAAUUCUCUACCAUCCCCAGAUAUCUGCUGGUGUGUUCCAGACAUUUUCAUUCGGGAAAACCAGCCUAUGAAAUGGAUGAAACUAAUCCUGACUGGGUUCCAACGCUAAGCAUGGGGCACUCUGAAAUCCCUGCUUCAAGCUUGGACCGGCACCGUCGGCGAAUGCGACGAAAACAACAAAGAGCAGCAGUCGGAGGAAGAUACAACCCCCCCACUUCAAAGAUAGAGAAAAUUCUCUCACUGUCCGGCUUUGGUAAUGAAGAAGCAGAGUCUGAGGGUAAGGCCUGCGCACAAGAGCUGCCAGAGAUGGACACCACAGAAGACCAACACCAUAAUCACCACGUGAUGGAGGCUGUGGGCAAGAGUUGUGUUGGACAAGUGGAGGCAGAGGUAGUAGCAGCAACGCAGCAUUGUCUGGGCUAUGAUCGGCCCCCACCUAAGAAAAGAAAGCUCACUCAGACCACCGUGAGUCAGACAGCUUCCAGCAACACAAACAAAGACACAGAAUCUUUACCUGACUGUGCAGUGGCACCUUCAGUCAUCUUAGACCAGGCCAGCAUCUCCAAACAACCCCCUGAGCCACAUGUGCACUCAGUCCACACACAGUGGGAGGAUCCUUCACAACAAGAUCACCAAUACUGCAGCAGGUCUCCCAGAAAAGAAGUGCAGGAUCAGAUGACUCAGUGUGAUGAAGUUGCAUAUUUCAUUCUUCAAAAUGAUGCAGACGCUUUGCUGUACACUGGAAUACCCUUGGAAACAUUUAACACUCUUGUGUCGACACUGGAAGGAUGUGACGACAAUGAAUUUACCAUGCCUGUGCGAGAUCAAGUCCUCAUGACUCUUAUGAAAUUAAAGAGUAACCGUGUAAUAGGCGACCUAAGCCGCCAGUUUCGUAUAUCACAGAGCAUGGCCAGCAAGAUCAUCUUACACUGGUUGGACAAACUGGAGGAGGUUUUCCGGCCAUUAAUUCCAUGGCUGCCAAGAGAAACUAUUCAAGCAACUAUGCCUGCAGCCUUCAAGAAGACCUUUCCAAAUACUACAUGCAUUAUAGACUGCAGUGAGACCAUUUUGCAGAAACCCAGAAAUCUGGGCUCAAGAAGGCGAUCGUACAGCCAUUACUACUCACGCAACACAGUCAAAUAUUUGGUUGCUGUUGCACCAUCUGGUCUAAUCAUGUUUGUGUCUGCGGCAUAUGGCAGUCAAUGUAGUGACAAAUUUAUUACAAUGGACUCUGGAAUGUUAACAUACCUUAAACCUGGUGAUGAAGUCAUGACAGGUGGAGAUUUAACAUUAAAAGACUUGCUCUUUGAGAGAGAAGUUGGAUUAGUAAUACCCUCUUUCACAAAAAAACAUGGACAGCUAACUAAGGAACAGGUAACAGACACGCGUCGGAUUGCAAAUGUAAGAAUCCACGUUGAACGAGCAAUCAGACGUUUGAAAGUCUACAAAAUACUCUCACAAAUCGUUCCCAUAAGCAUGGCUCCUAAAAUAGACAAGAUUCUGAGGAUAUGUGCUGCUCUAGUCAACUUACGAGAGGAUCUCAUCCGUGAUACAGAAUAACUGUGCAUGUUGUAAACAAGUGUAAACUCAGGGAUAUCAAGAUCGUUACCCAAUGUAAUUUUAUUUUAAGGUAGAAAUUUGAUGUACAUAUUUGGAGAGAGUAAAUGAUUCCAGGUCUCUGUUUUUAUCUUCUGUUCUACACGAUGUAAAUAUUUUUGUAGAAGAAAGGUUAUGUGAUAAAAAGUGCACAUAUAGUGCAAUCAACUGAACAAUUAGUACUUUUUUUAUUCAACCACAACGUGCUCUUCAAGUGGAAACAAAUGUUUUUCUCAAAACUACAAUAAUUAGUUGUGCAUUCUUGACAUUUUGUUAUUGUCUUGGAAAAUUACAGAAAUACAGAAUU